AUGUCCGACUAUCACGUCUUCCCUAUGCAAUACAAACCCAUCGAAGGAGAAAACAUCAGAGUCAAAGUGGAUAUCGACCAUCCAACUUUUUCCGUCUACCUCAAGAAGUUGGACAUCACCCAGAUGUCCUUACACAAGUUUGUGGACUUUGCACAGACUCUCCUUGACGAUGUGACUCUCGAAGUCGGCCGGAACGAUGACGAGCUCCUCAGUAGAGCCCUCAACAAGUUUUGGUCAAAGGCUCUCCCUCCUCUCGAACGACAAGUUUGGGAAGCGCUCCCAAACUACAUGGAUAUGGACGAGGAAUCCGUUGAGAACUGGAAAAACAAAGUCCGCGACUGGAUCCUGACCAAAUUUACUGAAGAAGACGCGGCUGCAGUUUUAAAUCAGCUCCGUACCUGUAGAAAGCCAAGAUCGGCGACAAUCAUGGACAAUCAGAUGUACAUGAAGAAGGUAAACUCCGCAAUCCCUUACAUGUCUGAAGCUCUUGACCCUCUUGACAAAGAAGAAUUCAAGAGAGUUUUCUUCUAUGCUCACCCCAAGCCUUGGAAGGACGCCUUCCUGGAGAUCAACGGUACCAUUGACAGCCAUUCCGUUGCCAGCAUCACUUCCUACAUGCAACACAAGGCUCGACAAGCACACAACAAGGAAUUGAAGAAUCAACUCCACCAGAAGAUUGAAUCCAAAAAGAAGAAACGCACGGCUGGUGUCCAUCACAGGGACGAUUCAAAACCUUUCAAGAAAUCUUGUACCGACCCAGAGGAAAACAAGAUGGACAAAGACGAGUACCACAAGCGCGUGGCGGAACUUGCAAAGACAGCCAAGCCGACCGAGAAUCACACUACCUCCGAGUGCAAGGCAAUCAACAACUACAAGGCCCGAAUGAGCAACAAGAAGUCCAACAGCUUUGCUGUCAUCAAUCUCCCUGGAGAUAAGCCGGAUGAUGAUUUGACCACCUCUAAGGAGACCGACUCAUCCAACAAGAAUGAUGCGUUCUACAUGAACAAUGAAUCUUACUAUGUCCCAACUUUCUCUCACCACAUUGAUUUCUGUCGCUUCGACAGCCUGAACAACAUUGUUGAUUCAAACGUUCUAGACGAUCUUAGGUUAUCAUAUAUGUCAAACGUAAAAGACGCCUACAAAAACGGUGCAGAAGUCCCCGAGACUAUCAGUGAGAAAGUAGACAUUAGUAAAGAAUUAAACUUAUUGCUUAGACCAGAAUCUGUUUCUGUGAUAAAGAUGAGGCAAAAAACUCGUGUCAACAAACUUGCACGUGUGUUGUUGAAAUGUAUUGAAAUGUAUUGUAUUGAAAUGUAUUGUAUUGAAAUGUAUUGUAUUGAAAUGUAUUGA